GGUCACGUGACAGUUCUUUAACUGAGCAUCUAUCCAUGCGACUCAGGCGGAUGUUGGAGAAUCUUACGCGAUGUUGAUAACAUUGAAAUCCAUACACGGAUUGUGGAGGAGUUCAACACGAGCAUAUACUUGUUUUAGUGAACGCAUAAACCAGUUUGUUUGCGGAGAAUAUCACCUUAAAUUUCUCGGUGCUGUUUCCGCUCAUGCUGGGUUUCAUAGUAAAAGCGGAGAGGUUGUGUCAAGGAAAUUGGUGCGAAAUGGGGAGGAGAGGCCUUCAGUGAUUUGUAUUGAAGGUAACAUUGCCAGUGGAAAGACAACAUGCUUGGAAUACUUCAGCAAAACCAACAAUAUAGAGGUACUGACUGAACCAGUUUCGAAAUGGAGGAAUGUUCGAGGACACAACCCUUUGGGCUUGAUGUAUCAGGACCCAACCAGAUGGGGCAUCACCCUGCAGACAUACGUGCAGCUCACCAUGCUGGACAGGCAUCUGUCACAAAUAUCUGCACCCAUAAGGAUGAUGGAAAGAUCCAUAUUCAGUGCCAAGUACAUAUUUGUGGAAAACCUAUACCGAAGUGGGAAGAUGCCAGAGGUGGAUUUUGCAGUCCUCAGUGAGUGGUUUGAGUGGAUCACAACGAACAUCUCUCUUCCCGUCGACUUAAUAGUGUACUUGCAGACCACACCAGAGACCUGCUAUGAGAGACUCAGGCAGAGGUGCAGAGAAGAGGAGAAGGUCAUUCCAAUGGAAUACCUGGAGUCCAUCCACCAGCUAUAUGAAGACUGGUUAAUAAAACAAACCUCAUUUAAAGUACCUGCCCCGGUUCUUGUCAUCCCAGCUGACCAUGACAUACAGCAGAUGCUGCAGCAGUAUGAGGAGAACAAGGAGAGGAUUUUAGCAGCACAGAGGACGUGAUUCCAGCAGUGGCACAUGAGAUGCAAGGGGUGUCGUCUUCAUGGGUCAUCUGAAGGCAUGAUGCACUGGUGGUUACGGUUCCUGUUCUUUGCUUUGAUCUUGUACAUUUUCUGUGCUUCUGCUGUGCAGAAUCGUCUCAAUCAAAUGUGCUGGACACGAGCUGGACCGACAAGACCGUAAACCUCAAGGAUCCACUCUCAGCAACACAGAUUCUAAGUCCAUUCCUUGUAAAAGGAUGGUGCAAAGUGUGCUUUCUUCUUACAAAACUAGACAUGACCAGGUGAUCAUUUUAUGGCUAAACGUCUGCAUUAGUAGUGUGUCAUAGCUCUGCUCUGGCAGUGGAUCCUACCUGGCUACAUGCUCAGAUAUAGUUUAAGUUUUAGAUUGUGUUCACUCACUGCUCAGUAGGACAGCUAGUGCAGCAUUCCUGAUUACUGUGAAUAUGACUUCCCAGAUAUCAUUGUUUACAACAUACAAAAGAUGUCUGAUAGUGUCUCUGUUGUCAAGGAACCCUGGUGACAUCAGUUGUUACCGUUUUUCUUUUUCUCUAAGCUUGUUCUGAUGUGCACUUGUUAUUGAAGGACCAACAGACACUGGGCACACGUCAAGGUCAAAUAUCCACCUAUUAUUGUUAUUUAAGGUAAAUGUAAUUUAUUCACAAUAAAAUUGUGUCAAGUUUUAA